GUCUCGGCCGAGGCGGUUGUCUUGCUGAGAGGCAGCGUGAAGACCCGGGGAGAACCGUGCUUAGGGAGCCCGCGCGUACCUGCUUGAUACUCAUGGACAUUGGAUGGGCCAGAGGCAGGAAUGGUCGGCUAUGACCCCAAAGCUGAUGUCAGGAGUAACUCCAAGUUUGAGGUGGCACUGGCAGGAUCUGUGUCUGGAUUUGUCACUCGGGCACUGAUUAGCCCUUUGGAUGUCAUCAAGAUCCGUUUCCAGCUUCAGAUUGAACGUCUAUCUAGCAGUGACCCAAAAGCAAAGUACCAUGGAAUCUUCCAGGCCAGCAAGCAGAUCCUGAAGGAAGAGGGCCCAGCUGCAUUCUGGAAAGGACACAUUCCAGCCCAGAUUCUCUCCAUAGGCUAUGGAGCUGUCCAAUUUCUGUCAUUUGAACAGCUGACUGAGCUGGCCCACAGAACCAGCUUGUAUGACGCUCAUGAGUUUUCAGCGCACUUUGUCUGCGGCGGCCUGUCGGCCUGCAUGGCCACGCUCGCGGUGCACCCUGUGGAUGUUCUUCGCACCCGCCUUGCCGCCCAGGGAGAGCCCAAGAUCUAUAAGACCCUGCGGGAGGCUGUGAUGACUAUGUACAGGACGGAGGGUCCCCUCGUCUUCUACAAAGGCUUAGCCCCCACCGUGAUCGCCAUCUUCCCCUAUGCCGGGCUCCAGUUCUCCUGUUACCGCUUCCUGAAGCACGCCUAUGAUUGGGUCCUUCCAGGAGAUGGAAAGCAGAAGGGUACAGGGAAUCUCAGAAGCCUGCUUUGUGGCUGUGGAGCUGGAGUCAUCAGCAAGACUCUUACGUAUCCCCUGGACCUCUUCAAGAAGCGCUUGCAGGUCGCGGGCUUUGAGCAAGCCCGAUCAACAUUUGGUCAGGUGCGGAGCUAUAGGGGCCUCAUGGAUUGCACCAAGCAGGUGCUUCAGGAUGAAGGCACGCAGGGCUUCUUCAAGGGCCUCUCCCCCAGCCUGCUGAAGGCUGCCCUCUCCACAGGCUUCAUGUUCUUCUGGUAUGAAUUCUUCUGCAACCUGUUCCAGUGCAUGAGGGAGGCAGACAGAUAGCCAUGAGGGCGGGAGGCUGCCACCCUAAGGAAGCGCGAGUCUGCCUCUGAGCUCAUGUUGCACGAGUGUUGUUGCUGGCUGGUUCUCCAAGCCAGCUGUUCUGAACAUGAAGAGCCAUCAGGAGCCAGGGGCAGGAGGCCAAGAACCUUGACCUUGACAGAAACACUGGGAGAAGGAAGCACUUGGGCUGCGGAAAUGACACCACCAAGAAGGAGCCUGGCAUUGUUUCGCUGUCCAGCCCCAACCCCAAAGGAAUUGGACACCAUCCUUUACUUUGUAGUCGUCUUUGGGAGAACUCUCCCAGUUCUGGACGAGUCACAGCUCGCGUGGACUGAGCUCUGUGUAGGAGUCUGGCUCCCGCAACUUGAGUUCUUUUUCUGUUUUUUAUUUUAUUUUUUUUUAUUUAUCUGACAGAGAAAGAGGGAGCAAGAGAGAGAGAGAAGGGGCACAUGCCAGGGCCUUCAGCCACUGCAAA